AUGUCCGUCCUAAAUUGCCUCAGGUAUCUCAUGGGCUUCCUACUCAUCGUACUGCGUCAUCAAACCAGCUCUCUGGCCUCGUCGACAAAUCUCAAUUUUCAAAAGGAUACAUGCGUGUCAGUUUCUCAAGGAGCUGAAAACCCUUCAAGGAGCUCUGAUGCAAUACCCACACAAGAAAAAAAAGGAGGUCUAACAGGGGGGAAAAGAGGUCUGGCCUAUAACGAGGCAUCCCUCACGUACCUCUUCGCGAACCAGUCCACCGUCAGCUGGGGUUAUAACUGGGCUCAAUUCGCCAACGGCUCCCUUCCAUCUAACCUUGAAUUUAUCCCGACGCUCUGGGGUCUCGGUGAAGACGCGACGUCUUCGUGGUUUACACAGGCCUCCUCCGCCAUCAGCUACGGAUCAAAACACCUCUUCUCCUUCAAUGAGCCCGAUAUCGCGACACAAGCAAAUCUCGCCGCAUCCGAAGCGGCCGAUGGGUUCAUACAGUACAUGAAUCCUUUCCAUGACCAAGCCGAGCUGGCGGCUCCGUCAGUGACGAAUGGACUUGGCGACUCGCUCGGUCUUGAGUGGUUAUCCUCAUUCUUCGAUGCCUGUGCAGGGAGGUGCUUGGUCGACACUAUCAACAUCCAUUGGUAUGGUUCGGCAGUCGACACGUCGGGUUUCCAGGCAUUCGUAUCUAAUGCCUCGGCACUGGCAACAGAAAACGGCGUAGGAACUCUCUGGAUUACAGAGUUACGCGGGUUCGGAGGUAUUGACCUGCAAUUGCAGUUUUUAGAAACGGUCUUGCCGUGGCUCGACAGCAACGACGACGUGUCCGGCUAUGCCUGGUUCAUGUGUGCCGCGGGAGACGGUAACUUAGUGAGCAGUAGCGGCGUUGUCUCUGCUUUGGGCCAACUAUACGGUGAUGGCUGA